AUCUUUGAGAAACGUAGUUUACUAGUUUGAGUGUUUACGAUGGAUUGGAACUAUGAGUAUGUUUCGAACUAACAUUUUGUGAGAAAUAAAUGAUUAAAUAAAAAAAACUAGCUCGUUUAUUUCUAUUGAAAGAUUUCUCAGAAAUGUUGAGCGUGAAUUGCCAAGAGAAACUCCAAAAACUCGAUUGCCAACUCCUAAACAAGGUCCUUCAUUCCUGUGCAGAUGAGCUAUGUGGCAGAAAUGCAAUGAAAUAUGAAGCUGUUAAGGCAUCAACUGACUGGACAGCAGAAGAACACAGUUGUAUCUGUAAUGAAAUAAAGAAAUUAUUUUCAGAAGUUGUUGGUAAUUCACUUGGAAAUGAAAUGGUCCUUGCAAAUGCACCAGAGUUGGAUGUGUCCCAUCGGAAAUGUCUUCUAGAUUGCUUAGACAUACACAGGAAAGAUAUCAAGAGAACUUUAAUUGCAGAUUUAGCUUCCAUAUCAGGCCCAGUACUGAAGGAUUUUGACUGGAAACUAAAGUGGGUCAUGGGCAGCAGCAAGAUGUCAUCCUUAAGAGAACCCCUGCUGCAAAUGGAUUUCCACCUUUCUCAAGGUAAAUCACAAGAUGAAAUGAGCAGUAGUACUGUGAAUGUUGAAAUGGACAGAAAUGAACUGAAGAAUCUUUUAUCUUCAUUGGAAAGGGCUCAGGAAGCAGUAAAAAAUUUGCAUAAUUGAAUAUGUUUGUGAUCAGUUUAUUUAUGAAAUAAAAGUGAAAUGUGAAUGUA